UAAGAUGUCUACAAGAAGAAGAAAGAAAACUACCCUUUUUCUAUGUCCUGAGAUGCCUCAGCCUGUAGCAUGUGGUACUGAAGUAAGGCAUGAAGACCCAGAGAGACUAAGCUGUCAUUCACUGUGUGAAUCUCUGUUAUCAUGUGGGAGUGGAUUCAACAAUUUCCAAGGCAUUUUUAACUGGUCUGUAGUUCUGCUGGUCCUCACUCAUAUUCACAUGAGUCUGGAGAAUUUUAUCAAGUACGGACUACUCUUUGAUCCCAUAAAGAUCAUCUCAGUUUUCAUGAAAGACCCCUAUAAGUGGCCAGCAAUAUAUCUCAUUGCCGCUUCUGUUUUGCUUGCCCUUCCUGCAGUUUUUAUAGAAAGGUAUUUAAAAAAGGUUCGUGGCUCUGGAUGCAUAGGUUUGGCAUUGCAGACUCUGAACCUGCUCUCACUGGUAGCAUUCCCUGCUGUGAUGGUUUAUAGAAUGAAAGCCAUAACUCCAGUUGGCGGGCUGCUGACCAUGUUUGUGUAUCUCAUCAUUACCCUGAAACUGUUCUCCUACUACCAGGUGAAUCGCUGGCUUAGGGAGGGGAACCCCAGAUCUGUCAGAGGAAGUGCCAGGAUGCAAGCAGCAGAAUGUUCCAGCCAUCACUCCAGAAGGAAUGAAAGAGGACAGUCAAAGCAGAUUGUGUACCCAAUGAACCUCAAAGUAAAAGACUUGUAUUACUUUCUGCUAGCCCCAACACUUUGCUACCAGCUGAAUUUCCCACGGCUAAAACAAUGCAGAUAUGGCUACAUCAUUAAGAGGCUGCUUGAAAUGGUAUUUCUCUUUCACCUCAUGCUGGGGCUAAUUCAGCAGUGGAUUGUACCAAAUAUACAUAAAUCAAUGAAGCCCAUAAAUGAAAUAGAGUCUACCUUGCUUACCGAAUACAUUUUGAAAUUAGCGGUGCCAAAUCAUUUCGUCUGGCUGAUAUUUUUUUAUUGGUACUUUCACUCCUGCCUCAAUUGCCUUGCAGAAUUGCUACGAUUUGGAGAUCGGCAAUUUUACCUAGACUGGUGGUAAGGUGUCUUUCACCUCCUGUAGAAAGAGUGG